UUCCUCCUGUCCACUGAAGCCUCUGCUGCUGCUGACAACACGCAGCCCAGCCCUCCGCACAUGGAUAAAUAACUCUGAUAUCAUUUACCAACAGAAAGCUUCCCAUCGCACCGCCAAGCAGGCAGAGGAGGAAGUCCUGACAUUUAACAGGAAACGAUACUUUACGGCCGCUGUCCUUCUGAUGAUGAUGGAGGCCAAACUCUGGAUGACUCUUUCUGUUCUUCUGCUCCUUCAGCUGGGAGCCGCUACCAGUGCUUCUAACGACACUGAAGUGCUGUCACCUGCUCCGUACAAGAAUGAAAGCACCACUCUGACGCCGUUAACGACGCCCUCUGCCUUCACCAAAACCAAUGAAACUGGAACCAACAUCACCGAUGUGAUGAACACUUCCCCCGUAACCGUCCCACACACCGAUAAACCUGCGUUAAAUCACAGCGAAACUCUAGACAACUCUUCCACACCUUCCAUGCCAUCCAAUGCCACCACCCAGAAUGUAACGUCCUCCACCACUUCUGUCCCAACAACCGUACCUACAGUGACGGCUACAGCCGCCGGCCCUGGGUCCAAUUCGACCUCAACACCAACAUCCAGCAGCAACACGUCUCAGGGGACCACCACUCCUCAGCCUUCCAAUAAUACUUCUCAGUCUAGCUCAGGAUCCACUACGGCCAACCCAAACACCACCUUAAAACCACAAAACAGCACCUUCACCCACGCUGGGAGUCCAUCCGAGCUCAACAAGGAGGGGGACAAUGCCCAUAGUGCUCCUGCACUGGACCCCCUUCUGGCUGGCCUUGUGUCAGCAUUCAUCAUCACCGCCAUCAUCAUAACGCUGCUCCUCUUCCUCAAACUUCGCAGGAGAGAUGCCGGCCCACAGUUUCGCCGGCUGCAGGACCUGCCCAUGGACGACAUGAUGGAAGACACACCCCUGUCCAUGUACAACUACUAAUAGGAUGUUGGAGUCGGACCGGAGCGUUCUCGACCCUUCAGUCCAGUCCAGCUGUGGUCGUUGAACCAGAUCUCCAUAAUAGGCACCAAACAGAAACCUCCCUGGGUAGGUUUAGGCACACGCCUGGGAUGUUUCUACUCAACCAGAUUAUUCGGACAUUCUGUGGGAAAGGACCUUAUUUCAAUUGAAGUGGACAAUGAUGACAAAAGUCCAGGAGGAAACCCUUCGGAAACUGUCUGUUUCAGUGUUUGAUUUUAAACUAGGGAAAAGCCUCUUUUCACUGCUGUACAUAUAAAGUUUGAAGUUGUAAAUAUUGUUGUUGCUCUUUUAAAUGGUUCACAGCGGAUAAAGUAGAGGGAAGCAGCUUUUGGUUUGCAUCAGUCAAUGACGGUAAGAUCCAGGCGGUAGAGACGACUCAACUGAAAAAGAAAGCCGGGAGGAAAGAAAGAUUAUUUUGUUAAGAAAUUUUGCACUUUACUUUUCAUACGUAAAAGAUGGGAGACAAUUAAGGGAAUCAAGAUUCUUUGAAAGUUGGAAAUAAUUUUACAAAUAGAUGGUCCACAUCUUGUUAGUGCUUUUAAGUGUUAGUGCAUCUAGUCAGUAAAGAACUGCAGGCACAGCAGGAAAUGUUAUUAACAGUGUUAAAGGUUGUUUUCCUCAGGCCUGUAGUCCAGCUAUGAGUGCCUUACAACGGUAAAUAAACAGAAUUUAUUCAUUUUUCAUUUUAUUUGCUGGAUGAACAAAGAUUUA